AUGUUCCUUUCAUCAUCCUUCUCUUCAAUCUUGCAAAAGAUAAACAACAAUAGAAAAGUCUUUUUCAUCCUUAAUUUCUUCUUCUUUUCAUCAACCCCCUUUUUCAAUCUUACAAAAAUAAACAACAAAAAAAAUGUCCCUAUCAACCAUUUUUUGAAAAACCAUUUUAGCUAGUGACUUAAACUUUCUAUCUCAUUUUCUUGAAAACUCAAAAAUCAAUAUGGCUAAAAAUCCAAAAGACACUACUUCAACUAAGUGUUUUUCAAGCAUUUUUCAAAGGCUUAUUUGUGGUGGAAGUCUACCAACACACCCUUGUGAUCAAUUUAAAGAACCAAAGAGAACAACUUCAUAUGAGGCAGCAAAUAGUAACAAAUUAGUUGUAGCAGCAUCCAAUAGUCCAGGAAUUGUGGCAAGGCUAAUGGGAUUAGAGUCAUUACCUAAAGAAGAAGUUGAAAAAAGUAAUUUUGGUUCAUUUUCAAGAAGCAAAUCAGUUAAUUCACUAGAUUACUUGAUGCAGUUUGAUCUAACUGAACAAUUUCAUCAUAGAAGAGUUAGAACAUCUGUAUCUUUUCGCGAUAUCCCGAAUCUUGAUCAUCAAGAGUUCAAGUCUGAGUAUUUAGUGUUUUGCUUCAAUGAGAAUCAAGAAAUGAUGAAGCCAAAGAAAAAGAGACAAAAUGUUGAGAAGAAAGAAGUUAGUGGAAAACAAAACAGGAUAAUUGGUAAUAAGGUGAAAAAACAAGUGAAGUUUGAGGAUUAUCCUACAAAAAUGUGUGUUGAAUCUAAGAAGAAGAGAAAGAGCAAAUGUGUAGUGUCUACCAAGAUUCAACCUUUAUUUAAUAAUUCAGCAGAUUUAAGUCCAAUUCAUCUUCAACAAGCUACAGCUACUAUACCUGCAGAAGGGAAAAUGCAGCUAAAUUCAAGAAAGUCUCCAGAUGAACAUGCAAUCAAAAGCAAAGUGGAGAAGCAAAAGGAGAUUAGUAAAGAGACAGAUCAUUACAUAAAAGUGGUUGGAGAAAUUUGUAGAUUAACAGAAGAAGAGUUAAAUGAGUCACAUUGGAUAACAACAAUUAGAACUGGAGAAAACAUCAGCUUUGAAGAUUUAUGCCAACAAUUUGGACAAGAAGUUCUUCAACUGUUAAUAGAUCAACUAGUUGAUGAACUCGUAAUCUUUGCACAAUGAACAUAUUCAUGUUUUAAAGACAUGUACUUUGAUCCCAUCUUUGAAAGAGUGGUUUUGUUCUGUCAAUACAGCUUAUCGAGUUAUCAAGUUUAACUAUCUUCUGUUAAGAGUUUGAAUUGUUCGUUUAAAUGGUAUCUUGCUCGUUAUA